AGUAGUAAGUCAGUAAUUUAUACACUGAGUACCGUAAUCAAAUCUUUACGAAUAAUACACUGUAAGAAGGCCAUUUACAUCGAGAGUACUGAAAAAAAGCUAGAGGAGACUCAUGACGGAAAAUAUAAAUUUGUAGUCAAUAAGAUUAAAACUCUGCUGUAUCAAAUCAACAUAUGUAUUAAGGGAAUUUUGGAGGUUAUUGAUGUCAUUAUGAUGUCAUGUGCAUCAGCAAACAUGAGUGAGGAUGAGUUUAAAAAUGAAAGAUGCAAUAUGACUGUGCAAAAAAAUUACAGGGAACUUAGAUCCCCAGAAGAAUUAAAGAACGACAUUUUUAAAGAUGAAAAAGAUAUCCCGUUACAAUUCGUCAAACAAAGAAGCAAACAGUGGUUUUCAAGGAGACAAGAUGUAAAAGUUACUGGAAGCGUUGCCUAUAAAGCUUUAGGUCUUGAAUCUCUUUCUGCUCAAAAAGCAUAUUUUGAUGAAGCUUAUUGUGAGUGUAGAUUAGAAAAGACAGAAAAACCCGAAGGCCUGCAGAAAGCGCUCGACCAUGGGACUUUAAAUGAAAUAAAUGCCAUUGCUACUCUAGUUAGUAAGGUCAUGCCUGUUUAUUUUCCAGAAUAUACUUUUCAUGAGGAAGGAGCUUAUGUUAUUGAAAAUAAAGAGGGUAAAAAAUUGAUGAUCAUAUCACCAGAUGGAAGCUUAAGAGAUGGGACGAAUGUGAUAUCAGUUGAAUUAAAAUGUCCAUUUUCCGUCUAUGUUGGAGCUACACCGGUAUACUACGAGGUAAAGAAUCGUCACAUGAUUCAAAACUGCUUGGAAGCAAAUGUACUGAAAGCUGAUGAACAUUUAUACGUAAGCUGGAGUCCCCAAUCAACGACUGUUUUCCGUUUAAAAUCAAACAAAAAUUUGUACAAGUCUGUAAUUGAAGAGAUUGAACAUGUUUACUACAAUGAAUGUCCUUCAAGACCGACAAAGAUAUCAGACAAGGUGAUGAAGAUGAAAUCAGAUAUAAAAGAAGACAUAUCAAAAGCAGAUUUCAUUGGUGAAUUUGCUUCAGUUACUGCUAAUUCUUCUCCGCGGAGCUAUAAAACCAAAGACAAUAUGUAUUACAAGCAACAGGAAGAUCCAUUUACAAUCAACACUUUUAACAUGAGUUUAGACAGUCUUGUGCAAAAUAUGCAUAAAGCUAUAAAGAACAUAAAUGAAGCACAUACAUAUGAAAAACCAAUGGCAUCUGAAGUGUUAGUUUAUCUUUUAAGUGAUAUGUCUAGAACAUGGCACAGGGAAAUAGGACACGGUAUGCCAAUUACUUACUUGUUCAAGGGUUAUAGCCUUACCAUGAGUACAGCAAGGAGAAUUCUUGAUGAAGUUAUGAACGCAUGCAGUAAUUAUAAUGUCCAUGUACCGUGUACGACUUUUGAUGGACAAUUUGCAAAGUUAAAGGAUGUUGAUAAGUACGGAAAACCUUUGACUUUAUUUGCUCUUCAGCGGCAGGUAUGGUUGGAAAUAAAAAAGAAAAGUAAAAGGGAACUUCUUAUAAAAAUUGGAAGCCUAUUUAAUGAGCCAGAAUACAGUAAAGUAACUGAUGCCGUUAUUAUGGACGAUGGUGAAAUUAAAGCAAUAAAAUCAUACUUUCAGGUACAUAAUAAAAACAAAUGUUUGCCUGUGGAGACGCCUAUAGAAAUUCUGCAUAAGAAAAUUUGUAAACAAUCACAUGAUGUUUUGAAUGAGAUCGGAAUAUCUGAUUCAGCUGGACUUGAAGAAGAUGUUCUUUCUAUACUGGAGACAUUGGAAUCACAGACAAAAGAGAAUAAUUCAGAUGUCCACAAUAGUCAGAAUACUAAUAGCAGCAGGAAUUAUGAAGGCGAAGAAGUAACUGAAAGCUCACUCUCCGCACCCCAUGUCGAUAGUCCUGUUCUGAAUACAAUUCAGAUGAAUGAACAAGAUUUUACAAUUUUACAAAAAACUCUUGUAAAAACUAAAAGAAAGAAGUGGCAUAAUAAAAGUCAUACUGAAAUAUCGACCAUUUUUAAAUCGGCAACUGUAAUGAAUUCAGAAUUCACUGGUCAGGAACUAAAUGAAAUAGUCAAAUAUCUUAACAUAAAAGGUUUAAAACAUGGCAUUAAGAUUAGUCAAAACCUUCGAAAAACAGAAAAAAUUAACAAAAUUUGCUCAGUUAUUGGCAUUACUUCGAGUGUUACUGUUCCCAAGAGGCAGUGUCGAAAGAAAAACGUUACAUCCUUGAAAACGUUAUGUGUCAAUGUAAUUCAAAAACGUAGCUAUCCUAAAGACGUGUUGUCUGUUGCAUAUGCAAGAAGCACAUGGCCAUGUUCUGAGGACCAAUGGUUUGAAAAGUUCGUAUGUUGAGAAGCAAAUUGUCAUAAAACGUGACGAAUAUAUUGAAAAUGAAACGAAUGAAAUAACGUUUUCGCCAGUUUAUUCACCAGAGUACGUAGAGGAAAGACAACAACUUGAAGUUCGUAUAUUAGAUGGAACACAUUUGCGUACUAAUCUGAAAUCAAAGUUAAUUCGCCAUGGAUUAGGCAACGUACAUAUUGAAGCCUGGAAGAAAGUUGCAAAUACCGGAGAAACCGAUCUGGCGCCUGCUAUGCUAGAAGUACAACAUGAUGGAAAAAUAAUGCAUCAGCAAAGUGACCCCUAUGUACGUACAAUGUUUAGCGAAAAAGUGGAAUCAGUAAUGAUUGCAAAUGGCGAUUAUUUCGAAGCAAACUUUUGCAAGCUGUUCAGACAAUGGCAUGAGGCAGAAGACAAGCCGGGGAUUUCUGCUUUUGAAAGAUGUUAUCGCAGUAUUAAUUUUCGAAACUGGCUAAUGGAGAAUUACGAUUAUACAAAGUUUCCGCCUGUUUCACAGUAUGUCAAAGGCAUACCUCGUUGUUACUUUUGAAGGUUUAGUAUGCAGUAUUGAUGCACAUGUGAUGUUGUAUUCAAUGGUGAAAACUGGAACGUACAAUUGCGCGCCGUAUCAACACUUGUGGCAGAAAAUUUCAUGGGAGAAUUGGCAGAAAGGUCGCAAAAUAACCACGGAGUUCCAUCAGGCAACACACUACCUUCUGAUAUGAGUAAAAAUAUCACAGCUACAUGCAUGAGACUCAAUCCGGAACGAUCAUUUCAAAUGAAGACGUCAAAAUCGAGAUGCUAUGAAAUACCAGACGUCAUGACGGCCAACAAGUUUGAAAAAAUACCGAUGGUUGGAUAUAAUGUUGACUCACGCAUAUCAGAAAUAAUCACCAGGGAUCAUGAAUUCGAUCAAAGGAGAGGAGGCGUACCAAAGCACGGAACUGUUAGAAAACUUAAUGAUAUUCCAAGAGGCGUACAACCUGUACGGUCACACUAUAAAGUCGACGAAUCUAGAAUAUUACCUUCAUUAAGACAGGGUAUUUCCGAAAAAUUAUUAGAUGAACUAACUAAAUGAUCAACUGUUUAACAGCGAUGAAAUGCCUGUUACUUCUAUGGAAGCCUGAAUGAAAAACUUUUUGACUUUUGCAUAGUUGAAUGGUUUUGAGUUGGAAUAUUAAUUGGAGUUGCUAUUGUAUAAUAGACAAGUUUAUUACUAUGACUGGCAUAGUUUUGGUAUUUGCGUAACGAUAUUUAUGAAAGUAAUACUUUUUACAGUGGUUUUAUAUAUAAUGAUGCAACUUUUUCGAUGCAAAAUGGUGAUAGUAUUACGUUAUGACUGAUGUGAUCGUAUUUGAAUGUUCAUGUCAAAUCGAUAUUGAUAAAUAGAAUAGCGUGGCAAGCAUACCUUUCUUUGCUAUUGUAAUAUCAUCGGUAUAUCGGUAUAAACUACACGCAUUUUGCUGCUAUUGACACAAACAUGCAGAGCUAUAUGACUUACAAAUUUGUUUUUUGUAAACAUAUAUGUAAAUAUCUAACACUGUGAUUAACAUCAUCGUGUGCACAUCUGAUUUUUUUCCUGUGAUUAAAAUACACAUCUUUUACUUUGGUAUAUGAUUGAUUAAAAUUGAAAUUUAUGCUACGAUUAAGACAAAUAUUUGAAAUUGUUUUGAUAUUAAGAUACAUAAAGAUAAUACUUUGAGCACAUACAUUCCCUUUGUGUUCUGAUUAACAUUCAUGUAGAUAACUAUUAGUCACAAUAAUAUACAUAUACUGUACUUUGUAUACAUGUUUUUGAGUUUGUGCUAUGAUUAACAUAAAGGCAUUUGAGUUUGUGUUUUAAUUUACAUAGCUUUAAUUAAUGUACAUGUUUUUACUUUGUGCCAUGUUUAACAUGCAAGUUUAAUUUAAACUUAGUGCUUUGAUUAAAAUACAUAAUUAUGGCUUUGAAAUAUGAUAAACAUUAGAAAAGUCAAUUUGACUUGAUGCUGUGAUUUACAAACAUGUUUCCGACUUUACUUAUUUGAUAUAAGGUUAAUGAUCUUUCUGCAUUUAUUGACAAAGGUACAUUGGAAUUUUUUACUAACAAUGAGUAAUUUUCAAUAUGAGCUAUACCUAAUGUUUUACUUGUAACUAUUGUAACUGGCCAAAUAGUCAUUGUUUUUUUUCUGGCCUGGUAUGAAUGGUUGUAAUUGUUGUUUUUAUCUCACCUAGUAGGAAUGGUUGUAAUUGUUGUUUUUUCUGGCCUAGUAGGAAUGGAUGUAAUUGUUGUUUUUUCUGGUCUAGUAGGAAUGGUUGUAAUUGUUGUUUUUUUUUCUGUCCUGGUAUGAAUGGUUGUAAUUGUUGUUUUUUUUUGUUCUGGUCUAGUAGGAAUGGU